CAGGCCUGUUUUUCUCUAUUCACUCUCUCUCUCUCCCAAAAGUUCUUUGUUUCUCAUCAAGGGGUGCUUGUUGGCUGCAUCAGAUGAUUUGAAAGGGUGGGUCAAAUCAAGAGAGGUUCCCCUGUUUUGAUCUGUUCGCAGUUGGGGUGGAAUUGCAGAUGAUUUGAGUCAGACAGAGAGCUUUCCCCUUGUAGUGCAGGGAUGAUCAUGAAGCACGUGCACCCUCUAAUUUCCAUCACACCAGUCUGGAGUUUGACCAUACGACAAAUAAGAGCAUGCGCAAAGGAAAACUAAUUUCAUCUAUACCAUAAAUUGGAGCAAAUAAACAUACCUUAAUAUAUCAUGUUAGGUUUUGGGGUAAUUCAUCAAUUUUUUUACUUCUUCCUCCUCAUUGUUUAUUUUCUCAGGAUCUUUGUGUGAGAAGACAAGAAAUUAGCUUCAAUUAACCUUUUAAUGGGUUGAUAAAAAAAAAAUUAUACUCCAAACCCGAUUCGCUGCACUGAAAGUGUGAAGAAGUAACAAAGCAAAAGAAAUUUUCAUCCCAAAAAACAGAAAAUUUCGAUGGCGACAUACUUUCAUAGUAACUCCGAAAUCCAAGGUGGUGCUGACGGCCUUCAAACUCUUGUACUAAUGAAUCCUGGCUAUGUUCAAUACUCAGACACGUCGACGCCAUCUCACGGUGGAAACCUCGUAUUCCUCAACUCCGCCGGCGGCGGCGGCGGCAACAGCUCCCUUUCCCCACAAAAUCUCCCCCACGCGCCGCCCCCUCACACUCAACAAUUCGUCGGCGUGCCACUCUCCGCUGCGGCAGCCUCCUUGCAGGAGCCGCCGUCCAUGCACCACGAAGUCUCCGCCUUGCAUGGGUUCCUGCCCCGCAUGCAGUACAAUCUCUGGAACGCAAUUGACCCCAACGCGGCGGCGCGUGAGGCCUCACGCGCCACCCAAGGGCUUUCGUUGAGCCUGCAGGCUCAGGCAGGCGAUGACAUGCGCGUGUCAGGCGGGUCGUCGUCCUCGGCUUCGGGGGUUACCAACGGUGGCGGAGUGUCGGGGAUUCAGAGCGUGCUGUUGAGUUCAAAGUAUUUGAAGGCCACGCAGGAGCUUCUAGACGAGGUUGUGAAUGUUAAUGGCGGAAUUAAGGUUGAACAGGCAAAGAAAAGCUUCGACAAGACUAAGGUGGUUGGGGAAUCAUCAACUGCAGCUAGUGGUGAUGGUUCAGUCGUCGCGGAGGGAAGUGGGAAGCGUAGCUCUGAAUUGUCAACUACGGAGAGACAAGAAAUUCAGAUGAAGAAGGCAAAACUAAUCAGCAUGCUUGAUGAGGUGGAGCAAAGAUACAGGCAGUACCACAACCAGAUGCAGAUAGUGAUAUCCUCUUUUGAGCAAGCUGCAGGGAUUGGGUCAGCAAGAACUUACACAGCCCUUGCAUUGCAAACAAUCUCAAAGCAGUUUCGGUGCUUGAAAGAUGCAAUAACAGGGCAAAUAAGAGCUGCAAAUAAGAGCUUAGGAGAAGAGGAUUGUUUUGGAGGUAAAAUUGAAGGUUCAAGGCUCAAGUAUGUUGACCAUCAUCUUAGGCAACAAAGAGCUAUCCAACAAUUGGGAAUGAUCCAUCACAAUGCUUGGAGACCCCAGAGAGGAUUGCCAGAGAGAUCCGUUUCUGUUCUUCGUGCUUGGCUCUUUGAACACUUCCUCCACCCUUACCCCAAGGACUCCGACAAACACAUGCUUGCAAAACAAACAGGGCUUACUAGGAGCCAGGUUUCAAAUUGGUUCAUAAAUGCUAGAGUUAGGCUUUGGAAGCCAAUGGUGGAGGAAAUGUACAUGGAAGAGAUGAAGGAGCAUGAAGUGAAUGGAUCAGAGGACAAAUCAAGCAAGAGUAGUGAAGAUCCCGCUAUGAAAACAACUCCACAAGAGAGGGGUCCUACCUCUGAAAUUGAAUCUAAAAGUUUCAAUUCCAAACAAGAUGUUUCAAAAAAUCAAAACACUCCAAUAAUUUCAGCUUCUCCACCAUCAACUUCACCUGUUGGGGGUAAUGUUAGAAACCAAUCCGCAUUCAGCUUCAUUGGGUCAUCAGAACUUGAUGGAAUCACACAAGGAAGUCCUAAGAAACCAAGGAACCAUGAAAUUCUACACUCUCCAAACCGUGUCCCUUCAAUUAACAUGGAUGUCAAAGUCAAUGAAGCAAACAAUGAACAACUCUCAAUGGAUGGUAGGCAAAACAGAGAUGGGUAUUCUUUUAUGGGAAACCAAACAAACUUCAUUGGUGGUUUUGGUCAAUACCCAAUGGAGGAAAUUGGUAGGUUUGAUGCAGAACAAUUCACACCAAGGUUUUCAGGUAAUGGUGUUUCCCUUACUCUUGGUCUUCCUCAUUGUGAAACGUUGUCAGGUACCCAUCAAACAUUUCUUCCAAGCCAAAAUAUCCAACUAGGAAGAGGAUUGGACAUUGGUGAACCAAACCAGUUUGGUGCCUUAAACAAUUCCAAUUCUCACUCUUCAACAGCAUUUGAGAGUAUCAACAUGCAAAACCCAAAGAGGUUUGCUGCACAAUUGUUGCCGGACUUUGUGGCCUAAAUACGACAAUGAAGGGAGAUAGAUAGUUGCUAGAACUGUUUAUGGGUCUCUCAUAUUUUCUUCUAAUCCCUGUGCUUGUUCUAGGGAAUAAUUAAUGACGAUAAAUCGUAGUGUAAAGAAAGAAAGAAUUUUAUUCUAGUAUAGGUUUAUACCUUGCAUAGAACCAUUUGAGUUCUUAGAUAGCUUAGGGAUUUGAGAGUAUAUGUUAAUUUGAGGUUGUAUAUUAUUUUUGUAAGUUUUGAAGAUGGGAUAGAUGGGUUGGUGUCAUAAAGUUUCAAUUGGUAAAGAUAGCAAUAUAUAUCUUUGAUUGAAAAUAUAUGUCAUGUAAUAUUUUGCAAAGCCUCCAUUGGAACAAGUGGAAUCAAUUAUCAACUUUUUUUAAAACAUUUUG